GUUCACUAUUUAUAUCUGAUAUAUUACUAAUUUUGUGGAUUAUUGAUGGCCAAAUAAUAAUGUAAUUGCAUGUAUAAAAUUUUGUUUUAGUAGAGAAAAAAAAUAUCAAAGAACAAGUGCACGUGAACUAUGUAUACAAAGUUCGAGGUGCCGAGUGUUAUUGCAUCAAAAUCCCUUCGAACCACUCAUUGGUUUCAUUGUCAGUAGUGAGGCAAAAAAAUCUUGUGAUUAAAAAAUGAGCAAAGAAGAGAAGGAGGGAAGAAGAGAACCAAAUGAGUUUGAGAAUAAUAAGAAAGUAAGAGUAGAAGAAGAAACACAGAGAGUAGGAAAAAAGCCUAUUAUUCAAAUGAAGAAGAUACAAGGUUGUGAGGUUGAGGCCAUUGGCAUCAACUACAAGAUCCUCAAACAUAAAACCGAUCACCCUUUUAAAAUCUUCAGUAAAUCACCACAACAAGAAUUGGAAGAAGCUGAAGAAGAAGAAGAAGAAGAAGAAGAAGAAGAUGCUGAAGAAGCAGAAGCAGAAAAAGCUUCCUCACAAAGGUGUUGCGGUGGAGGAGUAAGGCAUGUUCUCAAGAAUGUGAGUUUCAAAGCCAAGCCAUGGGAAAUCCUUGCAAUUGUUGGGCCAAGUGGUGCUGGAAAAUCAUCACUGCUUGAGAUUCUUGCAGGAAAAGUUACUCCACAGAGUGGUUCUGUGUUGCUGAAUCACAAGCCUGUGGAGAAAGCUCAAUUCAGGAAGCUCUCAGGUUAUGUAACACAGAAAGAUACUUUGUUUCCAUUACUUACAGUUGAAGAAACUAUGAUGUUCAGUGCAAAGCUAAGGCUAAGGCUCCCUCAGGAGCAGCUCCAAUCUAGGGUCAAGUCACUGAUCAAGGAGCUCGGACUUGAUCAUGUUGCCGGGGCGCGAAUUGGUGAUGAAAGGGUUCGAGGAAUAUCCGGUGGCGAAAGGCGCAGAGUUUCUAUUGGUGUUGAAGUCAUACAUGAUCCAAAGGUGUUGAUUUUGGAUGAACCAACUUCUGGUCUUGAUAGUACUUCAGCAUUGCAAAUUAUUGAUAUGCUUAAGGUGAUGGCUGAUACUAGGGGAAGAACCAUAAUCCUUAGUAUCCAUCAACCCGGAUUCAGAAUUGUGAAGUUGCUCAAUUCAUUGCUUUUGUUGGCAAAUGGUUCUGUUUUACACCAUGGCACUGCUGAUUUGCUUAGUGUAAAUAUGAGGCUAAUGGGUUUAGAGCUUCCCCUUCAUGUCAAUGUGGUUGAGUUUUCCAUCGAGUCCAUUGAUGCCUUUCAGCAACAACAGAUAUGCAAGAGAUUCCAGGUACAAACGCCAAGGCGAUUGCAGGGGACGGUGCUGCCACAGAAGAAAGGUGAUGAUGAACAAGGUGAGUGUAGAAGUGGUAGGUUUACUUUACAACAGCUCUUUCAACAAUCCAAGGUGAUUGAUGAAGAAGCUAUCAAUGCUGGAAUGGAUUUCACUUGUGAUUUUGCUAAUUCUAGAUUGAGAGAAACUAUGAUCCUCACUCAUAGGUUCUCCAAGAACAUCUUUCGUACAAAAGAGCUUUUUGCAUGUAGGACUAUUCAGAUGCUGAUUUCAGGGCUUGUUCUGGGAUCCAUCUUUUGUAAUCUCAAGGAUGAUCUUGAGGGAGCAGAAGAAAGGGUUGGUCUAUUUGCUUUCAUUUUAACUUUUUUGCUAUCAAGCACCAUAGAAGCUCUACCAAUUUUUCUGCAAGAAAGGGAGAUUCUGAUGAAGGAGACAUCUUGUGGAAGCUACAGAGUAUCAUCCUAUGCUAUUGCCAAUGGCCUAGUUUACCUACCAUUUCUUCUAAUCCUAGCCAUUUUGUUCUCAAUUCCAUUAUACUGGCUUGUUGGUCUCAACAAGAAUUUCAUGGCAUUUCAACACUUCCUGUUGCUGAUAUGGCUGAUUCUAUACACUGCAAAUUCAGUUGUGGUCUGUUUCAGUGCUCUGGUGCCUAAUUUCAUUGUUGGGAAUUCAGUCAUUGCUGGUGUCAUUGGAUCAUUCUUCUUGUUCUCUGGAUACUUCAUAUCACAGCAUGAGAUUCCAAAAUAUUGGAUUUUUAUGCAUUACAUAUCUCUUUUUAAGUAUCCUUUUGAAGGGUUUCUAAUAAACGAGUUCUCCAACUCAGGUAAAUGCUUGGAGUACAUGUUUGGUGGAUGUGUGGUGAGUGGUGAAGAUGUGCUCAAAGAAGAAGGUUAUGGUGGGGAGAGUAAUAGAUGGAAAAAUGUUGGGGUGAUGAUGGGCUUCAUCUUGCUUUACAGGUUCAUAUCCUAUGUGAUUCUUAGAUACAGAUGCUCACAGAGGGGGUUCAGGAGUGUGGUCAUCAUCUAAAGCUUAUGGUGGUGAUUCAUUCUCUCUCUUCCUAAGAGGCUUCAAACUUCACAUGUCUUGGAGUUUUCUUCUGAUAGCAACAAAAGAUGUUAUCAACCAGAAAAAAAAAAUAUAAAGAAUUACAGGUUUGGUCAGUGCCAACAAAUUGUACUAACAUGAUAUUAUGUUGGUUUUUUUGUUUUAUAUGAUUUUAUAUUCUCACCA